AUGGGUAGUACAAGCUCUAAUGAUCUUACGUUACUUGUCUUGGUUCUCUCAGCAGUAUUGGGCUCAAAACCCAGUUUUGCAGCGUUUGUGAGCAUCGAUUGUGGAGCAUCCGAUCCUUACACCGAUGAAAAUCAGAUAACAUGGGCAGGAGACGAUGGUUAUGUGCAAAGUGGUGAAUCCCAACAGGUUGAUCAGCUUUACUCAGUCGGUCAUGUGCUCAGCACUCUAAGAGUAUUCCCAACUUCAGGGAAUAGUAAUUGCUAUACCAUCGGCGGUCUGCAGAAUGGUGAAAGAGUUCUCGUUCGUGCAACCUUCUUCUACGGCAAUUACGAUGGACAAAACUCUCCUCCCACCUUCGACCUCUACUUCGAUGGAAACCUCUGGAUAACGAUGACAUUGUCAAACUACACAGAAAAUACUUACGUUUUUACUGAGGCGAUAUACAUCGUAAGUGGAACUGCUACUAGCAUAUGCCUUGCUCAAACGAUGCCUAAUCAGAUUCCCUUCAUAUCCUCGCUUGAGCUCCGCAGCUUGGGCCCGGAUAUGUACGGUCACGUGGGUGCAAAGUAUUUCUUGUCUGGUGCAAAUAGAGCUACUUUUGCAAAGCAAUCUGUCAGGUAUCCUGACGAUCCUUAUGAUCGAUUAUGGACUAAUUAUGCUGCUGGUCAAUCUGCGGAGAUCCUCACAAGUGAUGCUGCUAUUGAUGUUAGUACCUCAGAAGAUCAACCUCCACAGGCUGUGCUGCAAAAUGCAUACGCCACUACAAGCACAAGUUUGGGUCCUAUGUUGGAUACCGAGCUUCCAGCCGGAGUAGGCAGUGUAUAUGUCGUUAUGUAUUUCUCUGAAGUGACUCGGUUAGACUCAACCCAGAAAAGAUCCAUUCAAAUUUAUAUUGACAACAAUCCUUAUUUAGACCCCAUCAUCCCACCUUAUGGAAGCGUAUUGGAGGUGUCCAUCACUAACGUGGUUGCUUCUCUAUCCACGAGGUUCUCUGUGCAGGCUACCCCUGAUUCCAGUCUUCCUCCUCUCAUCAACGCUUACGAAGUUUAUACAAUAUUACCGUAUGGAAGAACAGGGAAAGAAAACGGUCAGUUUGUUUUCAUUAAUUUGCUUAAACGCACUUCUAUAUAUUCCUCGAUUUGGAUCCCUACGUUUCAUGAUCCGUUGAACUAA